AGGGAGGUUUAGGUCUCUCUCUUGGAGGGCGUCUUUGCGCGUUCCCUCCGCUCCUCUGCUGUCAUCUCCGUGGCCCCUGAGAGCCUAUCACUCUCCUCCCUGGGGCUGCGGGCCGACGGCAGCUGACAGAGCGUUGGGCACCUCACCCCGGCUCCCCGCCCCCCCGCUCCGUUGCCCCGCCUGCGCCAGGCUGGGCGGCGGGGUCAGGGGCCGAGCGGAGCGGGGCUAAAUUCUCAGCUUCUUGGUGGCAAAAAAGAAAGAAAAGCACACCACUUCUCAGGAAAAACACAGCUUCCUUGGAGGACCACUGCCCAAGGACCCCGUUAGUUAUCAUUUAGUAUGGAAGAAGAUGAGUUCUUUGGAGAAAAAACAUUCCAGCACUUUUGUGCAGAAUUCAUUAAGCAUUCACAGCAGAUAAGUGAUGGUUGGGAAUGGAGAACUUCGAAGGAUUGUUCUGAAGGCUACAUGUGCAAAACACAAUUUCAAAUGAAACCUGGGACACUGGUAUCACAUCCGGGAACAUCUGCCCAUGUCCAGACAUGUCUUCCCGUGGAGGAGGCUUUAGAACUACCCCCGGAUGAUUUUGAAGUGACUGAGACCACAGCGGGAAUUGAAGUGGUUAAAUACGAGUAUCACGUCUUAUACUCCUGCAGCUACCAAGUGCCUGUGCUUUACUUUAGGGCAAGCUUUUUAGAUGGAAGACCUUUAGCUCUGAAGGACAUAUGGGAAGGAAUCCAUGAGUGUUACAAGUCACAGCUGCGGCAGGAGCCAUGGGACACCAUUACCCAACAGGAGCACCCAGUGCUGGGACAGCCCUUCUUUGUACUUCAUCCCUGCAAGACGAAUGAAUUCAUGACUCCUGUGUUAGAGAAUUCUCGAAAAAUCAAUAGGAGUGUCAACUAUAUCACGUCAUGGCUGAGCGUUGUAGGGCCAGUUGUUGGGCUGAAUCUACCUCUGAGUUAUGCCAGCAUCGCCUCUCAGGAUGAAUGAAGUGUCCCUUGACAAGGUAAAAAGGAAAGCCUGUGCUGAAUGUUUUGCUAUUAUAAAGAUCCUGUUGUCUCUGUUGCACUUGGGGUCCCUACUGGCCCCAUCAAAUAUUAAGUUUUCUUUCAUCUUUAAUAAUUAUGGCUGAAUAUGAACUGUUUGUUUAGGUUCCUGACCAACCUGUGCCCAAGCAUUUAGGAAGCAUUGGACUUUGCUAUAAUAACAUUCACCCAACUACAGGAGUGGAAGAUUUUAUUUCAGAAUUGUUAUUCUUGAAAUACGUCUUUACUGUUCAGUUAACCUUCUUUUAUUCUCUUAGCUUUUGUUUUGUUCUUGUUCUUCACUUUCUUCCAUUGAGCCAAAGAAUCUAGAAAUCGCAGCAUGAAGAACACCAAAAGCGUACCUGGCCAGCCCUGGUUUUAACAGGACAGAUACCAUGCACUAGUUCAACUCACCAAGAUUUUGACAUGGAUUUAUUUUUCCACUGGAAGCAAAUUCUGCAGUAACCAACAGGCUGUGUCCCUCAUCUAGAAGAACUGUUGGUUUGGAGUUGCUUGCUUUGUUUUUCAUUUUAUCUUGCCAGGGGCUGAAACUAAGACAAAAAUACAAUUGUCUCUUUAGAGAAUCUAGAUUCGCGUCUAUUAAUGUGGGAUAUACUUCAGGGUCACCUGAGAAUCUUUUAUGACUGCAAAUGCUGGGGUCAACCUCCUGGAACAGUCUCUCUGGAGUGAUUAUGACACACUUGCUUUUGGAGAACCUCUGAUCUGGAUGUACUGUUGGUGUGGUAUUUAUUCGUAUUGUUUGGGUCUCCCAACAGGCCUUUUCUAAUUCUGUGUAUAGCUCCAACAAGCUGGACGUACUUCCUAACACUGGGCAUUGCCCUGCGCCUCCUGGUCGGUAGGAAUAUCCAGGAGAUGUGUGUCUGCGAGGCAGUCUGCUCAGAGCAAGCAGUCGGGAAGAGGGGAUUAUCUGCUGGCCACUCACAGAAGACUGUGCUUGUGCUUUUAGUCUGUAGGUUGGGGCUGAUCUCUCACACAAGGAGCUGAAGUAGAGAACGGGUUAAUUCAAACUGCUGGAAAAGCUAAAAGUAAACUUUAAAAUGCUGAGCUGCACAUAUUCAUGCUGGGAUGAGAGCCUGCUUACAUGCUUGCUGGGUAUUUUGGUAUUUACCACUUAACAUCUUUUCAACUUCUUCAGGGAUUCCCACCCCCCCCACCCAACUCUCCCUAAUGUAAACACAGAGCUCUCAGCAAGUCAUUUCUCAGACCAUGCCAUUCCUAGGGUAAACAAAACAAAACAAAGCAAAACAACUAAAUAAAGUAUAAUAAUAUGUUGUCUGGAUGAUGUACUUGUCUGGUAAUAAUAGUUAUCCUUUGCUAACAGGUUCUGAGAUGAUAGUAGUCAGUCACUGUAGGGACAGCGGGUAGGUUUUGUGUUGGUGUUGGUGUUGGUGUUGUUUUUAAGUUAAUUUUUUUCCCCUCUGAUUGAUGAAGACCUUAAAACUCAUCAGGAGCAUGAAAAAGUUCUGAAAAGGUCUCUUCUAGAUUCUAGAGACCUCCCUCCCCAGAAAGAUCCCUUUCCUCAGGCUACUCUCUUCCUUUUCAGAAUAUUUCCACUUAACAAAAAAUUUUAAUUUUUGGUUGAUAAAAAUUUCCAUUUUUGAGAAUGCAGCUAUAUAACAGACUGUUAUCCCAACAGUCAUAAAACAUUAGAAAAUAUUUUGUUUUCUCAAAGUAACAGUUCUUACUCUGCAAUAUGAGGCUUUUGCCUCUGGGUUUCUUCUCCAGUUAAUAUAAUGCAAAACCCCUUCAAGCAGAAAUAAGGCUGGUUAAAACUGCUUCCAGCCAAUAUCCUGAACUCUGCUUUUGUGUAGCAUUGGAAAACUUCCUUCACCUCUUUGGUCCUCAGCCGUGUGAUUCGUGAGAGCAACUGCAAUUCUCGGGUCUGUGAAAUACAAGUGUAGAGAUCUAGACUGUGAGUUUGGUUAGCUGCCAGCUGUGUGACUUGGGCUAAUUGUCCUCAUCUUCGUCUUUUACCAUCUCUAUGUUUAAAGUCCCUGAAUACCCAUCCCACCCACCUACCAGGAGCCAGGAGGAGACCAAAAUGGAAAGUCCUCCUGAAUGCGCUUCAUAACCAGCACAAUGGUGCAUGGAGGAAGAGGGAUGAGGGAUAAUUGGUCCCUUGCUCCUUUUCAGCGUCAGCAGACCCUCCGAGCUCAUUUCAGCCUUGAUUCCUCCCGACACACAUGGGCCCCACAUUCUUAUCUGACGGUUGUUCAUGCUGGUUCCCACCUGGAAAUGCUUUCUUCUCCAUCUCUCUACUCGAGUCCCAACCUACUCCAGGAAAUGCACUCUUACCAAGCCAUCUCUAACCAACCUGCCCCUUCGUUACUUACUAUACUUAGUCAUAUCAACAUUUAAUUGUCUCCCUUUCACUCUGAUUUCUUUCCCACACCUUAAUGAUGAAUAAUAAGUAACUUACCCACUUCUUCUUCCUUUUUUUUUUUUUUUUUCCGGUAUGUUGUGAGGUGGCAUGCAGAGAAGAGUUGCUGCCUGCCCCUCGUAAGUGAUCUGGGAAUGGCUGUCAGUCCAGGGAUUUGACUGGGUGGGUGAGAAGCUGUGUUAACCGUUCAGUACUAGCUUACAGACUAGGAGUUAAAAAACAAAACUAACCAUCCUCCUAACACAGAUGUAUUAGAUAAAGAGGAAAAAAAAAAAAGACGCUAAAACUGGGUUUUUGCAUCCAUUUUUCCUAAGAUUUCCUAAGAUUUUCUCUUAAGAUAUGAGAAAAUGGAGGUCUGCAUUGUCACAACCAGCUCUUACAUAAUUCACAGAGCUGAUAUUCCAGUGUGUUGGGGUUUUUAUUUUUUUACGAUUAAAAUGUGAGUGUAAGAAUAUACAAAUACUCACUCCAGCAGAUACCUAUUGAGUUCCUCUUAUAUACUGAGUCCUAGGCUACCUGCCAGGGGUGAUAUGCAGAAGGACAUGACCCUGGCUCCUAAGAAUGCCCCUAGUCCACUGGAAAAGUCAGACAAGAAGAUUCAGGGACAGAAGGUUGUGCUGUGGCAAAGGUGUGCAAAGCAAGCACGCGGGGAGGUCCGUAGAAGAGGAAUGUGAGUGGAGUCGUGACAAGCUUAGGAUUUAGCUAGGUCAAGAAUGCAGGAAAGCCCUUGAAAAUGCAUGGGGAAAUGGUCAGGAGUUAGGUUGGCUAGCAGAACUAGUGAGAUUGGCUAGCAGAACUGGGGCUGGGUCUGGAGGAAAUCGAUUGCCACGCUGAGAAUUUGCAUUUGGUCUGAAAACCAGAAAAAGCCACUGAGAAUUCAAGUAGAGGAGGUGAAGUGAUCAUAUGUGCAUUUUAGAAAGAUUCUGUAUCUUUAAAAUGACAAUUGCAUAUAACUAACCACACACGUACUUUGUCAGUUUUUUCACCAGCAGGUUCUGGCCCACAGGCUUUAGAAGGUUGGAGUGGGGGAUGUGCUGGGAGUAUGCCAAGGACAUUUUUCAAUAUUUGCCCAGGGUCUUCCAAAACAAAACUGCCAGUGUCCUGAAAAGCCUGAGUCUUGGCUGUGUUACCUGGGGCAAUUCACUCUACCUCUCUGAGCCUCUCUUUCCGAAUGUAUUAAAUGGAAGGAAGUGUAUUAGAUCAUGUAAAAUCCAGUUACUAGUUUAUGACCUAUAUAUAUGCUUUUAUGAAA